AUGGAUACAAUCAAGAAAGUCCUCCACCCCAAGGAGACAACCCACAAAACAGACAAUACCGACCACUCCACGCUGCCCGCAGACGCCCACCCAGACCAGCAGACCCUGGACCGGAUAGGCAACGAGCCCAACGUCACCGGCACCAGCCGGCCGCCGCCCAAAGAGGACUUCCCCGCCUCGACGGCCACGGGGGACCAGCCCAAGAUCAACCGCGGCCACCACCACCCGCGCCAGCCCGUGGGCGCGACGGGGCCCCCGCCCGGCCACGGCGGGGCUGCGUCUGCCGCGGCGGAUGCGGGCACGCACGAUAUCAGGAGGCAGGCCGAGGCGGACAACAACUUCCCGGGGACGAAUCCUAACCCUGCGCAUUCGGCUUAG